UUCUUAUGUCGGAGCCUGGUGCGCAAAUGAUCCUAUACUUAAUCAUUAACGCUUUGGAGCACUUCAGGGCAUUGAUAAGACAAGAUCCUCUCAGCUGCUUCUACAAGUCUAUACCUUCUAUAGCCCGCCCGCCUCAUCGGCAACUAUUUCGAGUCCCUAACUUUCCAGCGUGGGAGUGGGUAAGGUCAGAGUCGCGUUUUGGCCCCGUUUGUCGGGUCUCUGCCCCUCGUUUGGAAAUUCCGGGGAUGAUGUCGCAUACAGAGAGGAGGACAUGCGUUUUUACAAAGGUAGAAAGUGAAAGUAUAUUUGUCAGUAUGAGCCUCGAGCUGCAGGAGGGCAGAUUCACACAGCCAACAGUUCAGCACGUGUGAGCCUACAUGGUCACUGAGACAGCAUGACUUCAUGGAGAAUUGUGAUCUGCCUGUUUCUCUUUGUGUCCCUGAUCCAGAUUUGCCAAGGAGAUGGCUGCAAUUCUGUGUAUUUCAAAAUGGAUCAUUUUGGAGAAUAUCCGAAAGCCAAGUUCGCCCUUGUAAAGGGUACGAAUCUCAAGGAUAUGGUGGAGUGUACUUAUGAGAGACAGUGCCUCAAGACAAGGAAGGAUAUAAAUAUUUCUCAUAUCAUCCCCAUUUUGCAGUGCUGUGGGAGAACUAAUGAUUCAGAGACAGGUUGCACUAAGACCCCAAAGUGCCAGGACUUGAAAUCUGAAAGGAAUAUCUCUUACUAUAACCUACUGUGUCUGGCAGCCAUAGCUUUGAACGGCAGUACAAGAGCGCCGGAUAGCAUAGACUGCGAAUAUUCCGAGUUAAUCUAUUUCAUUGGAAACUCCCCAAAAGCAGACCAGAAAACAAAACAGCCGACACCAUUUACAACACAGCCAGAAAGAACAACAGCAGCACCAACAGUGAUGCAACCAGAACCACCAACAGCAACAGUGCAACCAUCAACAACACAGCCAGAAAGAACAACAGCAGCACCAACAGUUAUGCAGCCAGAAACACCAACAACAACAGUUCAACCAACGACAACCCAGUCAGAAAGAACAACAGCAGCAUCAGCAGUUAUGCAGCCAGAACCAACCAAAACAUCAACAUCGGGACAAAAAGACCUGCAGAUGGGAAAUGGCACCAGUCGAUCAGAGAUGUGUGAAACAGGAAUGAACUUAUUAAUGGCGGCAGGGUUGGGGCUGAUGUUGGCAAUUCUCCCGGCCUUGUUUGUUUACUUUUACAUGCGCCAACAGAGAAGGAGGGACUUGAUGCAGGAUUCGUUUAUUGUAAGAAAUGGAGAGGAUCCAAACCUAAUGUCUGAGACACAGUCAAGCACACCGAUGCCAACUGCAAAUGGGGGAGGAGUAGAGGCACGUUUAUUACAGGCCGAGGAUUGUCACACUGUAGUCACAGACUCAGCUUUAUAGAAUGGUCAUGACUGCUGAUGAAAGUGACUGGCAUCACUUUUCAGUGGGGAUUGAACCAUCGUAUCAAGGUCAUUACUCCAAAUAUGACCUUUUCAUAUGGUUUGCAAAACAAAACCAUGCAAUACCAAACAAGGUAUGAAGGAGCUAGAAUGGUCGGAUGGGUUCAAUGACUGAGGAAUUGAUGACUGUGGUUUGCAAAGACCUUGUCGGAGUAACUUAAUGAAGCAUGCAGGCUCACUCAGACGUGAAGUAAAGUGCAACAUCAGACUGGGGGGAAAGUUACAAGUCCAUUGGGCUCCUUGUUUUGGUCAGAUGUUGAUGAAUUUCUUCCUGUGUCUGACAAGUUGGUUUUCCAAGCUGGCGUAGUUACAGUGAACAGUAUUUAAAUAUAUAUUUUUAUAACACAUGCCUGUUAUACUACUGACAAAAAAGAGGGUACAUUAUGAAUUAAUUAUUUGCUGUAAAACUAAGUGGUCUUGAUCUCAAGAAAGAAACAAGCAGCCUCACUAGGCUGAUGACUUAAUGAUUCAGGUAAAUGAAUACUCUCUAAGUUCUCACAAAGUGUGUACAACAGGACUCACUUUCAUCCCCUUAGCUUCUUGUUAUGUUCUAAUCAUUGGUCCAAAUCAUAAUAAAGAAAGCAAUGUGAAGUUUUUAUUUUUGGGACAUUUUGAGCCCUCAAGAUUCGGGUAAUUGAAUACAUACAGAUAUUAUUUGAUUGCAACAGAGCCAGUCCUAUAAGAGUAUAAGCUGUGAAAACAUUCAUGGAAAAAAUGUCUUUUGAACAGGUUUUUCCCCUGACAUGCUUCAUUUUCAGAUGUCUAACAGUAUUUGAGCAUUUCUGUCAAUAAUGGAUCACCUGUAUAUUCUAUGGACAGUCAAAAAUAGCUCUUAAGCAUAAUCAAUCUAAUACAAAAUAAUGCAUGUAACCACAUGCUCUGCUUCCUAGAUGCAUUUACAACAUUUCAUUGUUGUAUUUAUUAUUCAUCAUAGUAUUGGAUAAUCACAAAGGAACAUUUCAUAUUUGUUUCACCUGAUUUCUUCUUUAUAUUUGGUUUAUUGUUGGAUUUAAAGUUAAGCCCUGGCGGUUUUAUGCUUGUAUAAGUGUUUGUAAUGUGUUUGUGGUUUCAUACAUGAUUUGUAUUUAGAGAGUGUGACACUUUGCCUUUAUACUCAAAAACAGCGAAGAUGUUUUAACAGGCAGAAAAUGUUUGUCACAGUCAAUGGUUUUAUACACACGGCCAGGAUUAGCAUGCACUUACUCCUGAGUACCAAAUUAUACCGUGUGGACUGUAAUGAAAACAGCUGCCCUGGAGGCAGCAGUAGUCGCCAAGGUUGUGAUAAGUAUCAGUUGUUGAAGCAUACAUGUAAGAAGGUAACAUAUUAUACAGAAAAUCACAAAAUAAUUACUGUAAAAAUCACUUCCAGUUAGAAACUGUAUGAACUUCCACUUAUUUAUCUUCCCACUUUUAUCCACUUAGCUCUAACUCAUCAUACCUUCAAGUCGUCCCGUCUAACAGUCAGCUCUCUGUACCAGGGGGAAGUGUAACGACACAGUAAUAUGUUUUAUUCCUUUUUUUUCCAUAAAAAAUCUAAGAUUAUUUUUGUAAUAGGAAAUUACGUAUUUAUUUUUUGGCCGCAUGUUUUAGAAAUUAACGGGAUUGUUCUCCCAUCGUUUUGUGAAAAGAGACCAGAACACCUAAGCUAUGACUGCUCUGUUUCAUGUUUUUCAUGUGUGUAUUUUGUAAAAAUGAGUAAUAAAUAAAU